AUGCGUCGUCGAUCCUCCUCUUUGUUCGUUUGCUUGCUUGCUUGCCUGCUUGCGGGUGCCCCGCCGCUGCCCGAAACUUCGCAUUGCUCAAGCCUGAGCUCUCCCAACGACCAUUUUGGGUCUGGGCUCCGGGUCAGUCAUCACCCAAACGCCGUUGGCUCGUCCUGGAGUAUUUCCCAUUUAGGCAGUCGAGAUCACGUGUUUUCAGAGUUCGGCGGCGGUGGCGUGCAGACAUCACGUUUGAGACUGGUUCAACCUCCUCCUGCUAGUGCUUGGGGCGGCAAUGUGCUGGCGAGUUGGGGGGAUUUGGCAGAGGACUUCUCUUACACAUUAUGCGAGGUUCAAACACCCACUAAACGUAUCCGUGCUGUCAUUAUCUUGCAGGCUCAUCAUGCAGGCCUCGGUGAGCAAAGGCCCGGAUCAAGCCUGCUUUUACGUUGCCACAAAUAG